AAAAGGCUCUAAAAAGAACACCCAAACCGGCAACACGCGCUAUGGCUGCUCCGCAAUUCUGUCCCCUUCCGAUUUCAUUUGCCUCCCUGCUCCUUUUUUUUUGAAGUGCCACCCCUGAUCUUAGCAAAUCCGUGAAACGGCAAUAACCACUCGUGCCGAAACCCUAACCCUUGCCCCCAAAUCGUUCUAUCAAACCCUAGCCCUAAAACGGCUCCGAUGCUGUGAGACCCCACAUACGCAUGGCUCUGGACGGCCCGGCCGAGCGACGGGACGAGGUCCUUGUGGCGAUGGGGAAUGGGAACGGCGUGGCGCCGCCGCAACCGUUGCGGGCGGCCGGCCGGCCUGCGGCGGCGACGGCGCCAUACCUGGACCGGCGGCUACGGCUGAACCCCAACGCGGAGCACAAGCCGCAGGACUACAGCGAUGUGCGCGGCGAGUACGCGCCGGCCGUGUACAGCGCACUCGAGCGGCAUCUCCCACCGAGCCUCCUCGAUGCGGACCGCGACGUCAAGCUACACUUCAUGCGAGACAUUCUCGCGCGCUACUGGCCUCAGGGUGAGCGCAACAAGGUGCAAAGGCACAAAGAAUACAGGCAGAGGAUACUCCACCUUUACAAGCCUCUUCAUGAAGAAUUAUACAAUAUGCAUCCUUCAGCAUUCUUCUUACCAACAUUCCUUGAAGCAGUUAGGAGCAAUUCAGAGGAAAGCUUUAGAAGCAUUAUGACUGAGCCAAUUCCUGGUGUUUAUUCGUUUGCUAUGUUGCAGCCAACUUUCUGCGAGAUGUUAUUGGAGGAGGUAGAGAACUUUGAAAAAUGGGUCCAUGCUAUGAAAUUUAAGAUAAUGAGGCCAAAUACAAUGAACAAGUAUGGUGCUGUCCUUGAUGAUUUUGGUCUGGAAGCUAUGUUGAAUCAGUUCAUGGAACAGUUCGUAGCUCCAAUUUCUAGAGGUUUUUUUUAUCCUGAGGUUGGUGGAGGAACAUUGGACUCACAUCAUGCUUUUGUUGUUGAAUAUGGAAAAGACAGGGAUGUUGAACUAGGUUUUCAUGUUGAUGAUUCAGAAGUUACGUUAAACGUUUGCCUUGGCAAACAAUUCUCUGGUGGUGAACUAUACUUCCGAGGCAUUCGGUGUGAGAAUCAUGUGAAUUCAGAGACACAACAUGAGGAAAUGUAUGAUUACACUCAUAUCCCUGGACAGGCUGUACUCCACCAUGGUCGACAUAGGCAUGGUGCUCGAGCUAUAUCAUCUGGACUCAGAAUCAAUCUGCUUUUGUGGUGCCGGAGCUCUGUGUUCAGGGAGAUGAAGAAAUAUCAGAAGGAUUUUCCCACCUGGUGUGGUGAGUGCCAGCGUGAAAAGAGGGGAAGGCAGAGUCAGUGUGUUAAAGCAACCAAGAUGGCAUUUCUCAGGGGCGCUGGAGGCGCAACAAUUUAAUUUGUACCUAAGACAUGUAUUUUAUACAAAUUUGUAUCAUACUAAACUUUGUUCAUCAUUUGGGACUUGAGUGGUGGUCACUUCAGAAUUGUAGUCAACAGUCAGCUUUCUGUUAGACUGGUAGACUGCGAUCACAGGUGCAUGUAAAUGUAAGGUUAUUGUGAUCAAGUCUGGCUGAAAAAAAUGACAUAACAGGUGAUAAUCUGGUAGCGUAGCAAGAAAUACUACCUAAGACAGUUUCUGUGGCAUCUCAGCUCACAUUAUUAUGUUAUAAAUUGGAAUGUCAUUAACUAGGCAUGGUUAUCUGGUGCCACGGGAAUUCCUAUUUA